CAAAGUUGAUAAGAAGAGUAAAAUGGACAUAACACGUUUAUGACUUUUCUACAUGUUUGACUAAUUAGCAGGAGGCAACUUUGUGUAUAUAUAUGCGCACUACGUACAGACUUCAUCACAUUAUUUCAAUUCCUUACAUUAUUACAACACUUUUGGAACAUCUAGAAACAAAAAAUGGAGAAGAACGGAGAGUCUGUAGUUGACCCUAACUCCGCCAUUGGCGGUGGCGUUGAUGACGUCUACGGCGAAGAUCGUGCAUCGGAGGACCAACUCAUCACUCCGUGGACUGUCUCUGUCGCUAGUGGAUACACUUUGCUGAGGGAUCCACACCAUAACAAGGGGCUUGCGUUUACCGAGAGGGAAAGAGAUUCUCAUUACUUGCGCGGUCUGUUGCCUCCGGCUGUUGCCACACAGGAACUUCAGGAGAAGAAGUUGAUGCAAAAUAUCCGCAGUUAUGAAGUUCCCUUGCACAAAUAUGUGGCUAUGAUGGAACUCGAGGAGCGAAACGAAAGGCUGUUCUACAAGCUUCUUAUCGAUAAUGUGGAAGAGCUUCUCCCUGUUGUGUACACUCCCACAGUUGGUGAGGCAUGCCAGAAAUACGGGAGUAUAUUCAAGCGUCCUCAGGGUCUCUACAUUAGUUUGAAAGAGAAGGGAAAGAUUCUUGAGGUACUCAGGAACUGGCCUGAGAGGAAUAUUCAAGUUAUUGUGGUGACAGAUGGUGAGCGUAUCUUGGGAUUGGGAGAUCUUGGGUGUCAGGGUAUGGGAAUUCCAGUUGGGAAACUUGCUUUAUAUACUGCACUUGGAGGAGUUAGGCCUUCUGCGUGCUUGCCUGUUACCAUUGAUGUGGGGACGAACAAUCAGAAGCUACUAGACGAUGAGUUCUAUAUUGGUCUUAGACAAAAGAGGGCCACCGGAAAGGAAUAUUAUGACUUGCUUGAAGAGUUCAUGUCUGCAGUCAAGCAAAACUACGGUGAAAAAGUCCUCGUGCAGUUUGAAGACUUUGCUAACCACAACGCUUUUGAGCUGUUGGCCAAAUACAGAACCAGUCAUUUGGUUUUCAAUGACGAUAUACAGGGGACUGCAUCGGUGGUUCUUGCUGGUCUUGUUGCAUCACUGAAAUUACUUGGCGGUAGCUUGGCUGAUCACACGUUCUUGUUCCUUGGUGCUGGGGAAGCAGGGACUGGUAUAGCAGAGCUUAUAGCUCUUGAAAUAUCAACAAAGACAGGUAUUCCCGUUGAAGAGGCUCGUAAGAAGAUAUGGCUGGUGGACUCUAAGGGGUUGAUUGUUAGCUCUCGUAAAGGUUCCCUUCAGCACUUUAAGCAACCGUGGGCUCAUGAACAUGAGCCUGUUUCAACUCUCUUAGAUGCUGUCAAGGCCAUCAAACCAUCCGUCUUGAUUGGAACAUCUGGGGUAGGACAGACAUUUACAAAGGAAGUGGUUGAGGCCAUGGCAGCCUUCAACGAGAGACCACUUAUUAUGGCUCUCUCCAAUCCAACCUCACAAGCCGAGUGCACUGCUGAACAAGCUUACACGUGGACCGAGGGCCGUGCGAUAUUUUCCAGUGGCAGUCCUUUUGAUCCUUAUGAAUACAAUGGCAACCUCUUCAUUCCUGGCCAGGCAAACAAUGCGUACAUUUUCCCUGGACUUGGUUUUGGGUUGGUCAUUUCUGGUGCGAUUCGUGUACAUGAUGAGAUGCUUUUGGCAGCAUCCGAGGCAUUGGCAAAUCAAGUAACACAAGAGCACUACGAUAAAGGGAUGAUUUAUCCCCCACUUACUAACAUCAGGAAGAUUUCAGCUCAUAUUGCGGCAAAUGUUGCUGCUAAAGCAUAUGACCUUGGUUUGGCAACACGUCUCCCCCGCCCUACCGAUCUAGUUAAGUAUGCCGAGAGUUGUAUGUACACCCCCAACUACCGAAGCUACAGAUAAACAACUAGAGAAAUCCUAUGCUGUUCAAAGUGUUGCUGUAUUUGAGUCUUGUGAUAUUGUUUCUGUAUUCUUUUGCUUUAUGUUGAGAUCUUUAUCUUUUUCAGUGGUUAUGGUGUGAAGUUCGUCUUUAGUUCAAUAACAUAAGCUUUUUAAUUAUUACAUAUGUUUCUGGUC